CCAUACAGGGAUAUUGGGGAACUAAAACUCCAUUUUCCCCUUUUAGCAAUUGAAGGGCUACAUAGAAAUUAUAUAAUCGACGAAAACUUAUCAGAAACUGAUGUAACAAAAGUCUGAAACACAACCGAAAUUAAUAAAAAAUAAGUAAAAACGGACGGAAACGAGAGAGAGACACUGAGAUGAAGAAAGGAAGCGGAGGAGCAGUGGCGGAUAAGAAGAAAGCCCGUCACGCUUCCACCAGCGAUACUCCUCCCAGGAAACAAGCUGCAAAGAGGGAUGUGUUUCAGUUGUUUGCAGAGAAAGUUAGAGAUCACAAGGAUUUAGAAUCUAGGUGGGCUGUCUUGCAGGAAACACGUGUGGAAUAUUUUAGAGGAAAAGAUUUUCUCAGCUUCUUGAGAAAUCAUCCUGAGCUGAAGAACAUACUGGAAUCAGAUAGGAAUUUGGAAGUAGAAGAUAUCGCAAAUGUUUUGUUGAGAAAGAAUCUUCUAGUUCGCUGUGAUCGAGUAGUCAAAACUGUUCGGCCUGGAAAGAAGAAAUUGUCUACUUGGCCAGCGCACUUGGAGAUUUUUCCUGAUCAGGUGUUGUCUGAUAAUGAUGCCUUUUUCGCAUGGACAUUUGUAAGAAGACAUCCACUGUGGCAAACGCUUCUCUCAUUUUCUUGGCCUGUGUUGACGCUAGCUAUCUGCUUGUUUCCUGUCUAUCCCCAUCGAUGCAAGCUGCUUAUUCUCUACUCCUGUGCUAGUGUCCUCCUCCUCAUUCUUUGCCUCCUCCUCUUGAGGGCUUUGGCUUUUGGGGCUGGAUGGAUAUUACUUGGAAAACGAAUUUGGUUUUUCCCCAACAUCCUUGCCGAGGAAGCAACAUUAAAGGAACUAUUCCAAUUUUGGCCGCAGAAAGAUGAAGGAGAGCCUCCAAAAUGGACAGCAAGACUCUUCUUUGCUGUUGUUUCUGUUUUGGUCAUAUUACUAUUGAAGCACCAUGCUCCUGACGAAGCUGCCAGAGCCAGGUAUCAAAAGCGGGUAUACAACAUUAUUGAUGAUGUUCUCGAGUGGUCGCCCAGACUAGCUUUAUCAGGGAUGAUGGAGAAGCAAUCCGUUAUAAAUGCCACUGAGGCUAAUAACUUUACUGAAGGUGGCAAAUCCAACCCCGAAGAGGUGGUUAUCCCUGAAGAUGGGCAGAACAUCUCACAAGACGAGGCUGAGGAAGGAAUUGGAGUUGUAGAAAGCACGGAUCAACAUGAAUUUGAAGAAGAAAUUGAAAAUGUAGAUGACACUGAUCAUCAACAUCAACGCAACAAUGAUUUGUAAUUUCAGAAAAUGAAUGCUUAUAGAAGUUAGUGAUAACUAUUAUUGUAUUUUCUGUGUUUCCGAGUUUUACCCUUGGAAUUAUGUUUGCUCUGGCACCAGUUUGUCUGAUUGUAGAACUUUGUAACAAAAGUAUGAAAAAUAAUUCUACAGUUUGCUAUAUAUUGAGUACAUUGAGAAA